UAAAUAUAUGAUAAGAAUUCUUUCAUGCAGGUUAGCUCUAAAAAAUACACCGUAAAAUAACUGAAAACAUGCGCUGUCUACUUAUUUUUCUGAGUGUCUUCGGCGUCAUGUCCGCGGAUGAUAUGUGCUUCAUCGACCUCACCGCAUCAAACAUCGUUUACUCCAAUUACACCAUCGCAGACUCCAGCCUCGCCGUGCUGAAUGAAACAUCAAAUCUGCUAGCCGGCUGCCCUACGGGCGUGGUGACGUUCUCCUGUGGUCUAGGAGAAGUCCUGAACUAUUCAGGCGUAAUUCCCCCCAUGACUGCCAUGCCGGUGCUCUGCUCGCCUACUGGCGCCUGGGUUCUCAAUGCCGGACCGACCGCUACUCAAAACUUCACUUCACUCGCUAAUUGCGUUGACUUAACGGUUACAACAACACAAGUGACAACAACAACAGGAAUCACUACUCCAAUUCCAACAACACCUACACUUCCAACCGGUACUGGCACGGCGACGGCUGUCACAACCACUGACACAACGCCUGCCGCGCCAGCCACCACCAUAGCAGGAGGAACUAUAUCGACUGGGAGUGGAACUACCGUGACUGGAGCUGACACUACCAUGACUGGAAGUGGAACUACCGUGACUGGACGUGGAACUACUGUGGCUGGAAGUGGAACUACCGUGACUGGAGGUGUAACUACCGUGACUGGAGGUGGUACGACAGUGGCUGGAGGUGGUACGACAGUGGCUGGAGGUGGCACGACAGUAGCUGGAGGUGGUACGACAGUAGCUGGUGGUGACACGACAGUGGCUGGAGGAAGAGAACACGGACCAAUAUCU